AUGAUCCUAUCGUUGCCGGUCUUAUCGCGAACUCUGGCGGGCCCGACCAUCAUCACGAACAACGACACAGCGCAUACCAAUUUUACCUUCAUCGCUGGAUUGGUACGCUGCGGUAAUCUCAGUGUCGACAAGGAGCUCAGAUGUGUGCGAACGGUUUUCGCCCAAACUCUGGAGAACGCUUUAUCGUAUUACAAUAGCAACAGCACCAAGCCAUCUAGCUCUUUUACACCCAUCCUGGACAACAUGACUGUCUUCGAAAAUUACAAACAACGUAAUUUGGAUGGCAAGACUGCAAAGACGCCCAUGAUUAUCAGUAGCAACACAAAUGAACAAGCAGGCUUUGUUUCGUUCAUCCCCAAUGGCCCUAGAGCUGCCGCACUAGCAUCCGAAACAAAGAGCAUUUCAUAUCCCAUCGCGAUAGAAGUAAAGAAUCACAAUCUGGGAGGCUUGCCAAUAUAUCGCUACCAGUACGCCUGA